AUGAAGCAAUGGGUUGCAGAAAACAAGGACAAUGGCUUCGAUGGACUCACAUUUAAGGACGCGUCGAUCCCAAAAGUCGGUGAAAACGAGGUGUUGGUGAAAAUGGAAGCUGCAUCGCUCAAUUAUCGUGACCUAAUCAUUCCUAAGGGAGCAUAUCCAUUUCCUCUCAAAUUCCCCGUGGUGGUCGGAUCCGACGGUGCCGGUGAGGUUGCCGAAGUCGGUUCGAAGGUUACCGAAUUUAGAGAGGGCGACAAGGUCGUGACACUUUUCAAUCAGGGUCAUCAGUAUGGACCUAUUGAUGCUCGGGCGUCACAAACCGGCUUGGGCGGUGUCAUUGACGGCACUCUCCGCGAGUAUGGCGUGUUCAAUGAAACAGGACUUGUCAAGUCCGCGAAAAAUCUCAGUCCUCUUGAAAACAGUACUCUUACUUGCGCGGCCCUCACAAGUUGGAAUGCUCUAUAUGGGUUAAGACCUCUCCGGCCCGGUCAGGUCGUGUUGGUCCAAGGAACAGGCGGUGUCAGCAUGUUCGCUCUACAGUUUGCCAAAGGUGCUGGUGCAACCGUUAUUGCAACAACUUCUUCGGCACAGAAGGUCGAGAAGCUCAGAAAGCUUGGCGCUGACCACAUAAUCAACUACAGAGAUGACCCCAACUGGGGUGAGACUGCUCGUACAUUAACGCCCGACCAAGCCGGAGUCGACUAUGUUAUCGAAGUUGGUGGAGCCGGGACCCUCGCCCAGAGCUUCAAGUGUAUCAAGUAUGAGGGUAUCAUUAAUGUGAUUGGCUUUCUUGGUGGUGUCGACCCUAAGGGCCUGCCGAGCAUUCUUGACUCUUUGAGCAAUAUAUGUACUAUCCGGGGUGUGUAUGUCGGUAGCAAGGCCUUGAUGCGGGAUAUGGUUCGUGCUAUUGAGGCGAACAAUAUUCAUCCCAUUAUGGAUCAAAAGGUGUUUAGUCUCGAACAGACUCGGGAAGCUUAUGCGUACAUGUGGGCUCAAAAGCAUUUCGGAAAGGUGACCAUCAAGAUCAACUGA